GUUUCUUUCCUUUAUUGGUGAAGUUUUCUUAAGCAAAUCAUUAGCUAGAGUUACUUGUAGUCUGUUUAUCAAGUCUCCAAAGACUGAUGUUUCCACAAUUCCACUUGCAGGUAGAAAAUUCUGUGAAAUGCAGUCCAACGAACAAACGUCUGUGGAUAGCUUUUCUGGUUAUCUUCUUACUAAUCGGAGCUCUCGCAUGAGGAAAUUCUUGGCUGCAAAAAUGAAAAUUUAUAUUUUAGAGAAGAGGUGAUCAGACGUGGAACCUCUCAUUUGGUGAAGCCGUUAUAUAAUGCUCGUUGAUUAUUAUUAGGCCUUUUGGUAUUUUGCCGUUUAUUUGCUCUGUCUUGUUGUUUUAAGUCUUCUUUGUAAGGUGUGAAACCAACUCAUGGUUUAGUUUAAUUAGUUUCGGUUUAAUUUGGUUGAGACCGGUUUGCUUUAAUUUUGUCUGGGUCGGAUUACGGUUCUUUGACUUGUUUUGAAAGUUUUCCUUAAAACCCUAAACACUACGACUGAUCAAUUUGGGUAUCAAUAUCAUCAGAUUCAGUUUCUAGGGUUUAGUUAGUUCUUUCCUUGUUCUCUCACACACAGUUCCAUUGCGAAUCCUCUUUUAAUGUGCGAGCCAGUGGAGAAGCGAUUUCUAUGGGUUUUGAAAAAGUUCUCAACUUUGAAAGACGAGUGUUACCUCUCUCGCCCUUUCGUGUUCUCCGGCUGGAACUGGCGUAUUAUUGCGUUUCCCAACAACAAGGGACACUUGUCUCUGUAUAUAGGUCUCCUAAAUCCUGAAUCUUUGUCAUCAAUUUGGACAAGAAAAGUGAAGUUCCGUCUCACUGUAGUGAAUAAGAUUUCGAAAGAUGAUACCAAAGUAUUAGAUGGGCAAAAACUUUUCACUGCACGUAACCACAGAUGGGGUUUUAGCAAGUUCUUGCGCUGUCAUAAACUUAGAGAUGAUGGAUUUUUGGUGGGUGACAAACUCAUUAUUGUUGCUGAUGUACAUGCUUUACCAACAUUUAGUACCCCAGAGGAGUUUGAGAAGUUUUUGGAAUCUCUGAGACUCAUGAGAGUCUCUUUUAACAGAUCUAAGAGAGACUCUUCCUGUCAAGUGGUGCAAAAAACUGAGAAUACUGCAUCUCAAGAGAUUUUGGAUGAUGAUGACGCAUCUGAAGAUGGUGAUGAUGAUGAUGGUGCAUCUGAAGAUGAUGAUAAUAUCUCCUCCGAAGAGGAUUCAGAUGAUGGUGGCUCAUCUGAAGAGGGUUCAGAUGAUGAUGAUGAUGCAUCUGAAGAGGGUUCAGAUGAUGAUGAUGAUGCAUCAUCUACAAUUUCUGAUGAUGAAGGUAGGGGAAAAAGUCCCUUGAACCAGUUAAAUGAUUUGAAGGGCGAAUCUCUUAAAGUAGGGAAUCUUGGUAUGAGGUGUAACAAUGUGGCAUCUAAGACUGAGGUUUCCAAUGUGGAUAAUGAUGAUGCACCUCAAGGGGCUUCCCAUGAUGAUGCAUUUGAAGAUGGUCAGGGUGAUGAUGAUGAUGCUUCAUCUCUUCUUUCGAGUGUUAAUGAUAAAGAUGUAAGUUCUAUAAACAAACUGAAGUCCAUGGAGGAUGCUUCGAAGACAGUAGAAAAUGGUGAUACAGGGUGUACCAAUGUGGCAUCUGCUACGGAGGCUUCUAAUGAUCUGCUCAAGGAGAUUCAACCAGUAAAGGAAACCAUGGACGUUAAUGGUUUUCACGUUUUUCCUUCACAUGUAGAAUCGGUGAGCCAUAUCUUUAAAAGACACCCGGACAUAGCAUUAGGCUUCCGUCCUAAGAACCAACAGAUCAGAAAAGCUUACAUGAAUGAACUCCUUAGCGUCAUCGAUAUGCUGUGCCAGCCACCGGAAAAGCUCUCCGAGGAUGAUCUGAGGAAUGCUGAUGAGACACUUGUUGAUCUGAUUGAUGCCGGCUUUAAGUUGGAUUGGCUGAAGACAAAGCUGGAUGAUAUCUCUGAAAAGAAGAAGAUAGAGCAGGGUAGUGGUGCCCGGCUACAAACAAUGGAGGAAGAGCUGCAGAAGCUGAAACAGAUGUUCUUGGAUCUUGAAACUCAGCUGCAAAUGGAAAAGGCAGAGGCUUCGGCCGCGAGAGCUCCUCUCUCGUUCAACGAUGUUGUUUGCUGAUUUGCUAGGAGUACUUAGAUAAAUCAUUGUCUUUUGAUGACUCAUGACAAUUCUUUUGUAAGUCGGAGGUAGUUACAUUAACCUGAGAGGUAAUUUUUAAAAAUCAUUUGAAUUAUAUCUGGAGCUGAAUUUAGGUUCUUCGGGCUAAAAAUGCCUUUCAGUCACCAGAGUUCGAGAUGGAGAAGGCAGAGUUUUCAGCCACCAGAGUUCCUCUCCUUCGAUAAUAUUGUUUGAUCACCUGAAAUUCUUUGGCGUUCUUGAUGUUCUGAUUUCUUCAUCUCUGUUUUAGUUUUGAAUUUGAAGAGAUAUAGUUUUCUUGUAAGAUAGAUAAAUUAACUUUUAUGCAGGUUAGAAGUUGUCGUUUUUUUUGUUUGUGAAAUAGGUAUUUUGCGGCCGAUGAUUAAUUAAAACUUGAGCAACCAAAUUUUCUUUGUAUCUGAAACAAAUCUUCUUUUGGAGAGUUCUCAAAUGGAUAUGAAUCUUGACAAUAAAGAGAGUGGCACUUGAAGGGUCCGUGCCUAAACAGCUGCCUUGAGGGAGACUCCUUCAAUGCACAUUGGUAAA